AUGAAAGGAUGUGAAUGCUGUGUGGAAACUGAACGGACUGGUCUGUUGCAACUAAAGUGGUAUCUCAAGAAUCUCGUUGACACCGAAGAUCAAGGUGAAGGGAAUAGUAUUCUCGAGUCAUGGACUCGUAAUGGUGGUGAUUGCUGCCGUUGGGACAGAGUAAAGUGCGGUGACGCUUUUGGUGGCCACGUCGUCGAUCUCUCGCUGGGUCGACUCAUACCGGUCGCGUUUGAGUCGCAAACGCGAUCGUUGAAUCUGUCUUUGCUCCAUAGUUUUCCUCAACUCCAGAGCUUAAACCUUUCAUGGAAUUGGUUCACUGGUUUGUCUGAUCACAUCCAUGGUUAUCAGAGCUUUGGGAGAAUGGAGAAGCUCACCACAAUAGAUUUCUCGCACAAUUUGUUCGACAACAGCAUUGUUCCUUUUCUAAGUGCUGCGACAUCGCUUAGGACUCUACAUCUUGAAUCUAAUUAUAUGGAAGGUGUCUUUCCUCCUAAAGGACUUGCAAACAUGACACAGUUGAGAGUGUUAAACUUGAAGGACAACAGUUUCAGCUUCUUAUCCGCUCAAGGUUUAACCGGUUUCAGAGAAUUAGAAGUACUUGAUCUCAGUUUCAAUGGAGUUAACGACUCUAAGGCUAGUCACAGGUUUAGUACAGCGAAACUGAAAACACUAGAUCUUAGUUACAACCCAUUGUCAGAUUUUUCUCAACUAAAAGGUUUAGAAAAUCUCCGAGAGUUAGCAGUCUUAAGAUUAAAAGGCAAUAAAUUCAACCACACGCUAUCUACUCUUGUACUGAAAAAUCUGAAAAAGUUGCAAGAACUGGAUCUCAGUGGCAAUGGGUUCACAAAUUUGGAUCAUGGCGUAGGCUAUCUGGGGAUUUGCAGACUAACGAAUCUCAGGGAGCUGGAUUUGAGCAGCAAUGCCUUAACAAGUCUACCUUAUUGUUUUGGUAACUUAACACAUCUUCGAACUCUUGAUCUAUCGAACAACCAGUUAGAGGGAAACCUGUCUUCCUUUGUCUCCGGUUUACCAUCAGCACUUGAGUACUUCUCGCUUCUAAAUAAUAACUUCAACGGUUCGUUCUUGUUCAACUCACUGGUCAAUCAAACAAGACUAACGGUAUUCAAACUGUCAUCAGUAGUCGGAGCGAUCCAAGUUCAGACCGAGAGUUUUUGGGCUCCAUUGUUUCAGUUGAAGAUGUUACAUUUAUCGAAUUGCAGUCUUGGCAACACAAUGCUCAGAUUUCUAGUGCAUCAGCGGGACUUGUGUUUCAUAGAUCUCUCUCACAACAACUUGACAGGACCUUUCCCGACUUGGCUGGUGAAGAAUAACACAAGGCUGCAGACUAUUUUACUAAGUGGGAACUCCUUGACAAAGCUUCAGCUACCUAUGCUUGCUCACGGCUUGCAAGUUCUCGAUAUCUCGAGUAAUAUGAUUGAUGAUUCAAUUAAAGAAGACAUAGGGAUUGUGUUUCCAAACCUGAGGUAUAUGAAUUUGUCUUCAAAUCAUUUUCAGGGAACCAUUCCGUCUUCGAUUGGGGAGAUGGAAAGUCUACAAGUCUUGGACAUGUCUUCUAAUGGUCUAUAUGGUGAGCUACCUACAACGUUUUUAGGUGGUUGCUACUCGCUGAAGGUUCUAAAGCUCUCCAACAACCGAUUACAGGGGGGAAUAUUUUCGAAGCAUGCAAAUCUUACUAGUUUAGUUGGGCUUUUUCUUGACGGCAACAGGUUUACUGGGAGUCUUGAAAAGGGUUUGUUGAAGUCAAAGAAUCUAACUCUUUUAGACAUCUCAGAUAAUAGGUUCUCAGGCAUGCUUCCGCUUUGGAUUGGUAAGAUGUCAAGCCUCUCCUACCUAUACAUGAGUGGAAACCAGCUAAAAGGUCCUUUCCCUUUUCAACUACAGAGUCCUUGGCUUGAGGUUAUGGACAUCUCACACAAUAGCUUCUCUGGCUCGAUACCAAGGAAUGUGGAUUUUCCAUCUCUAAGAGAGUUAAGACUACAAAACAAUGAGUUUAUGGGGUCAGUUCCGGGAAGUUUAUUCAACGCUGAGGCAUUAGAGGUGCUUGAUUUGCGGAACAACAAUCUUUCUGGUAAGAUUCUGAGCACUGUUGGCGAGACAUCAAAGUUACGUGUUCUUCUUCUACGGAACAACAGCUUUCAAACUCAUAUCUCUGAGAAAGUAUGUCAGCUGGGUGAAGUUGGUCUCCUGGACUUAUCUCACAACAAAUUCAAAGGCUCCAUACCAUCAUGUUUGAGUAAAAUGUCUUUUGGUGCAGAAAGAUCUGACCGUACCAUGUCACUGGAUGCAGUUUUUGACCUCUCGUACAUUACUUUUCUGCGAAACUGUCAGUACACAUCACAUCUUAACUUGGAUGAUGAUGUGAGGAACGGCUAUCAACAGAAACCAGCAACCAUAGUGGAUUUCUUGACGAAAAGCAGAUAUGAGGAGUAUCAAGGUGACAUUCUCCGGUAUAUGCAUGGUCUGGAUCUGUCAAGCAACGAACUGUCUGGUGAAAUUCCAGUUCAGAUUGGAGAUCUGCAGAACAUCAGAUCCCUGAAUUUGUCAAGCAACCGCCUCACAGGCUCUAUACCGUAUAGCAUUUCGAAGCUGAAGAGCUUAGAGAGUCUUGAUCUAUCCAACAAUAAGCUAGAUGGAAAGAUCCCUCCUCAGCUAGCUGACCUCAACAGUUUAGGAUACUUCAACAUCUCAUACAACAAUUUAUCUGGUGAAAUUCCUUUCAAAGGCCAUCUUGUAACCUUUGAGGAAAAGAGCUACUUAGGAAACGCUCAUCUUUGUGGCCUUCCAACCAAUAUAAGUUGCAACCCUGCGAGAGAUCAAGAGCCAAGUGCGUCGAAGCAGGCCAAUGAGGAAGAAGAUGAAGAGGGUGAUGGUGAUGGUUUGAUAGAUAUGAUGUGGUUUUAUUGGACUUGUGGUGCAGUCUACAUCACCACGUUAUUGGCUUUGUCUGCGUUCCUCUGUAUUGACUCACGCUGGUCCAGAGAAUGGUUUUAUCGCGUCGAGUUAUUCAUUCAUCAUCUUCAACGCUUCAAACGUCAUUUUGUCUGCAACUGA